ACCUCACACAUUAAUUGUUGGGCGCUGAGGUUGCAAAGAUGAAAAGACAACCCUUGAGGUUGAAGAGACGAACAGAUAAUUAGACUCUAAGAAGUGCAUAAAUAGAAGAAACAAGUGCUGUGGAGCACUUGUUAGAAUUUUAUCUUAUACCUAUUUACGUAAACCUCUAGAUUCAUUGAUUCACUUUCCACUGUGAGUUUUAGUGUAUAUUCUCUGUGGGAACCUUUUGGACAGUGUGUUACAUGUGCACUCGUCAGAGGCCCAUUUAGGGUCAAUCCAAGCUUAACUUGGAGUCCUCCUAAUGCAGAGUUAGGCUUCUGAGGAUCUGAGAUGUUUGUAGGACAGUCGUAGUGGUUUCCAGUUUGUGCCAGGAAGCAGAGAUGGCACAGUGGGCAUGAGCUUGGUUACCCAUUUUCAACCCCUGGUCAGCUUAUGAGCAUCUAACUUUAUUGUAAAAUAAUACUGAAGAGGCAAAAAAAAAUCUUCUUGAGGUUUUCAAACUUCGCCAUUGGUGUGGCCCUGGGUUUGAGAGCACCAGUAGUAAAUGCCAUCACUCUGCCUCUCUCUUAUCGAGGGCCUCGUCUGGUGCUGUGUAGGAAUGGGUCUGUUGUUCACGUCCUCAGCGUCACUCCCAGGAGGGAAGUGCCUCUCUCAGGGAGAAUAGGUCAAGAUGGCAUGUAGCCCUUCAUUCGCUUUCCCACUUGAACUUCCCUGGGACACUAAGACUAUCUGCUGUUUGAAGAGAACUUUACUUAGGACAGAGGCUUCCACGUCCAAAGUAGUCAGUUUACUAUUCUAAAGUAGAUUAUGCAUUCUUUAUUUCCAAUUGCCACCAGUUCCCCAGGAUCUAAAAUUUUAGCAUCUGUUCUCCUUUUAACGUCACCGUUUCAGCAUUUUGAUUCCACAACCAAUAUUGUCCUACUCUCAGAUGAGCCAGAUAAAUUCCUGUGUAUUUUCUGUAGCUCCGUUGACUACACUUUAAUAACAGUAGCAAGACCUUGUUCGUUGUCUUGUCACAAGGAUUGUAGAAGUUGAAGUGCUUUAUCUAAAAUGCCUGUGAAAUAAUCCAUUUCAUAAGAUAUUGUGAAACUUUGUCAGGGUCUUAAUUAGUUGCAGCUAACAUGAGCUAUCUUCCUCAUCUAAGUCAAUAGUAGGUUCAGACUUAAUUCAAGUCUAAUUGCCCAUCCAUCACUGAUGUCUGCUUCCAUUUUUGAAAAAGCCCUCCAUUCACUUUCAGACAGUAUUAUUUCAGGAAAAUGAAACUAUGUACGUUUGUUGGGUUUCAUACAAAAGGAUCCUGAUUUAAUUAGAGAUAGUCUUACAUUUUAUUCUGCUUUUUAAACUGGAUUUUCCAUGCUGUCAAACUUCAUAGCCGUCCAGUAGAGACAUGUGCUUUUGCAUAGUGUCAUGCAAGAUGUGACAGUGCCAUUGUUUAUCUUUCAUGCACGUAGUACUAAACGUGGUCUGUCAAAGAGUGCUUGGUUGACAUGGAUUGAAUGGGGAAGCCAGUCCCCUUAAAUGAGUUAGAUAUGGUACAAAAUAAUUUUUACUUGGAAUUGAGUUUAAAAUUCUGAUCAGUGUGCGUUCCCUUUAGUCCGCCUCUACCGUAUGCAAAAGUAUGAGCAAGAGGGUUUCUCAGGGCUGCCUGUAAACCUCCUUGUCUUCUAUUUAAUUUUAUGUUGAAUCCCUCCUCUGCUUCUGGAGUAGUUAAUGUUCUUCGCUAGAUCCUGUAUUAGCAGAAAUGUUCACACUCGGCAUUUUCAGGGUAUUUCAGAUACAGUGCUGUUUGGCAGGGGGCCACGUUUCCCUCUACUCAGAAGGACAAAUGGAUGGAGUCGAGAAUGGAUUGUGAAUAAAAACACCACUGGGUGUUGCUUAAACCUACUAUCUUAGUCCAUUUGGGCUGUCAUAACAAAAUACCGCAGACUGGGUAGCUUAUAAACCACAGAAAUUUAUUUCUCACAGUUCUAGAGGUUGAAAGUCCGAGCUCAGGGUGCCAGCAUGGUCCAGGGAAAGCCCUCUUUCAGGUCACAGACUUCUCACUGACUGUGGUGGAAGGCGCUAGGGACCUCUCUGGAGCCUCUUGUAAAGCUCUAAUCCCAUGAGGUGAAGCCCUCACGGCUUAAGUCCCACCUCCUCAUUCCAUCAUCUUUGGGAGGCAGGAUUUCAUAUAUGAAUUUUGGGGGGACACAAACAUUCAGACUAUAGCACUUUGCAGUUCCAUUAUUAUUAUUGUUUUCCCUGUUGGUCCCCUGUUCUCUUUAUCCCUGCAGUAUCCUUACAGCUGGCAUCCCUUGGCGAUUCAGAGGGCCUUGUUAAAAUAUCUUGAAGGGCUCAUUGCUCUCAUACUUUGCACUGCUAGCCUAGUUCUGGAUCUGCUUUGGACUAGCUGUGUAUCACUGGAUCAAAUCUAGGCUUCUUUCCAGGAAGUGGGCGACCAGGGCAGUCCAGAUGAAAAGAGUACUGACGAAUGCACUUCCAGCCCAGUAAAACAUGGAGAGGAAGAACCCAUCCAGAGAGGGCUCUAGAAGGCUCUCAGCCAAACUGAGCAAAGGCCCAGAGAUGAAAAAAGUGUCUCGUCAACUCGGCGUGGCAGCUGCUGAGUCAGAUAAGGACUCUGGAUUUUCAGAUGGGAGCUCUGAAUGCCUGAGCUCGGCAGAGCAGAUGGAGUCUGAGGACAUGCUGAGCGCCUUAGGCUGGAGCCGAGAAGACAGGCCAAGGCCGAGCGCCAAGCCUGCGAGCGGUGCCUUCCCGACACUGGCCCCCAUGGUUGUCAUGAAGAAUGUGCUGGUCAAACAGGGCAGCAGCUCAUCCCAGCUCCAGUCGUGGUCUGUGCAGCCCUCCUUUGAAGUGAUCUCAGCACAGCCCCAGCUCUUAUUCCUUCAUCCACCUGUACCGUCUCCUGUCAGCCCAUGUCACGCUGGUGAGAAAAAGUCGGACUCCAGGAACUACUUGCCCAUUCUCAAUUCUUACACCAAAAUAGCCCCACACCCAGGCAAAAGGGGCCUCUCCCUCAGCCCAGAAGAAAGAGGAGAAGGUGGAAUGCAGAAGAAGAUCUGUACUGAGAGACUGGGGCCAAGCCUGUCUUCUAGUGAGCCGACCAAGACUGGUGCUGGCCCACCCGGGCCCCCGACGCCAGCGCCCCCCAGCACCAAGCUUGCCGAGGACUCAGCUCUUCAGGGUGUGCCCUGCCUGGUGGCAGGUGGAAGUCCACAGACGCUUCAGCCAGUGUCCAGCAGCCAUGUGGCUAAAGCGCCCAGCCUGACCUUUGCUUCCCCCGCCAGCCCUGUCUGUGCGUCAGACAGUACCCUGCACGGGAUGGAGAGCAACUCCCCGCUGUCCCCACUGUCAGCUAGUUACAGCUCCCCUCUGUGGGCUGCAGAGCACCUCUGCCGCAGCCCAGAUAGCUUUUCAGAGCAGCGGCAGAGCAAGCACAGGCGCUUUCAGAAUACCCUAGUAGUCCUACACAAAUCUGGUUUGCUGGAGAUCACUUUGAAAACCAAGGAGUUGAUUCGUCAGAACCAGGCAACUCAGGUGGAACUAGACCAGCUAAAGGAGCAGACCCGGCUAUUUAUCGAGGCCGCCAAGAGCAGGGCUCCUCAGGCUUGGGCCAAGCUGCAGGCGUCUUUAACAUCAGGGUCAGGUCAUCCUGGCAGUGACCUAGAAGCGUUCUCCGAUCAGCCAGACAUAUAACAUAGAAGGCAUAUUUUCCUGUUACUUGAGUGGUUCUUUUUAACUCUUUUACCGUCGUCUACUCCUGUUUCCCAAAGCUUAUGUAAGAGCUUUCCUUUUAAACUUAAACUGUUCAGCGGUUCACUUACGAAGCCACAUGCCAAUACCUGGCUGCUGUCUUAACCUGUGGUCUGUGCACAGUUUCCCUUUGUCUCCGUUCCACUGAGGACCUCAGAUUGUCCUCGAGUCCCUCUUCCUUAGCCUGCAGGCACUUCGAUGGAUCACGGUGCAAAGCGGGAAAGAUGCUUGUGUGGGGCCCCUCUAGCUGUCACGUCCCACCAUCCCACUCACUAACCAUGAUCAGGGAUGCAGUGACGCAGACAAGCGUACAGAGUGACACCUGUCAAGCCAGGGAGUAGGUGACAUAAGGAGACCUUCGUGGAUCUUCCCUUGAAGGUCUUAGUCACAGAGGAAAAUAUAAGAGGAGGGUGUUUCCAUUUUACGAGGCCUUGUGCCAUUCGGGAGAAACCUAAAAUGCUCUGGGCACACAUUGGUCCUCGGAUGCAAGCACUUAAUCACUUAAAGCUUUGUUUCUUUAAACUCGAAAGUCAAGGGGAAGGGGUGGUACCGUUAACUCGUACACUUUCAUCAUAAGCCAGAUUUCUGUUAAACUGGUAGGUGAAAUAUUUCAGAUUUGUAAAGUAUGGAAUGGAUUUAGGACCAUCUGGAGCUACAGUUGAUGAACUGCUUUUUUGACUCAGAGUCUGAAGAAAGAAAUGGCUAACAUCUCUUGGUUGAGAGCUGGAAGAUUCUGAUAAUUUAUGCUUUUUUCUUUCUCUCUCUUCUUUUGAAACAAUGCAAAAGAAGAUUUUCUUAUAUGUGAAAAUCCUAAAAGAGAGCUUCAUGGUUCCCGAUUGUGUAAUACAAGUCAGCCCUCUGCUACCAUCUUUUUUCCCCCCUUUGUUUUUACAAAAGAGGAAAGAAAUGAUUAUUAAGCUUGAUAAACUUUGAAUUAAAAUCAUCAUAAGGUUAUGACAUUAAGUCCACAAAAAAUUGGAAAACGUUAUCCAUUUUCUUUCCACAUCCAGAGUUUUCCUUUGUCUUACGUCACGGUGACGUGGAGCAGUCUUCUGUGUUUCUUUCGUGCAAUGGAUUUGGCUGCAAAGCCAAAGGUGUAGUGGGUUAUGUGAAGUCCAUCUAGAAGUGGAGAGUGUUAUGAGAACUUGCAGAUGAUACACACCCUUUCAGCCUCAUUGUAAACUAGAUUUCUAAGUCGUAAAGUUGCCAGCUUUUUACCCUCCCAUUUAAAAAUUUCAUCCUCUUGAAAAUCUUUGUACCAAUUACUUUAGUAAGAAAUUCUGUAUGACCAACUUCAUCUUUUCUGCAAGGAAAAUGUUCUUGAAGUUCUACCAAGGCCAGAAGCUAAGGCUCAUGCUUGCUGGGUAGUUGUAACUCUGAACAUAGUUUUAAAAUUACAAGGCUUCAGAUUGCCUGCAUUUUGUUCUCAAACAUGCACAAUUUAGAUACGACCAAUUUAGAAGUAAACAACUCCGUAAAAUCUUCAGACUCUCCUGGUAAAUGCAGAAUUAUUACCUGCCAUUCGCUUUCUGAAAGAUUUCAAAAAUCAGAGCAAAUGUGUCUUUAAGCAGACUCUGCUCCUUUUACUGUUUUUCUCUUGGCCCACACCCUUUGCCUCCCCUGAAUCUGUGUGGUGCUGCAGGAACUCUGCUCUGCACGCCGUGCUAGGAAGCUUCCUUUCUGGCAGAGUAUGUUUGGCAGCAAAGCUCUAGAAACAGGUGCCUUCAGAGCAGCCUGGGCACCAGUCAUGAGUCUUACUGAGUCAAAAAUCCGAACACACUUGCUGAGAACCAAAUUUAUUCCUUCAGAAAAAGCCCUCUGUGGAGCUUUAUGCGUCUUGGACUCUUCUUCCUAGAUUAAGGUUUGCAUUCCCUCCUGUCAGGUACAAGACGAUGAAAGCCGUCAUUGAUCCUCACUGCUGAGUGACAGGGAAAAGCAGCACCACCCCGCGGCUCUUCUCUGAUGUUGUAACUCAGUGUGGAAGUCUCUCUGGGCUCUUAGCAUGGGUGUUCUUUACCUAGUGGAGCAGUAAGCAGAUGAAGCCACUUAGAGAAGCUGGUCGUGGAAGGAGAGAUCCACUGAGGCUAGCAGACAUGUGGAGCCAGAAACCAGAUCGGCAAAUGGAGGAACCUCGGAGUUGACUGGAAGGAUCUCCGUGGGUUUCACGAGGCUGUAAGUAGUAGUGGUUUUAGUGAUGCGUGAUUUGAUCUGGUAUGAAGUUCUGUGGCAAAGCUGCUGUUUUCUAAAAGCCAUUCUUAGCUCAAACCAACCCUUAAGAGAAGUUUCGGCAGAUUGUUUUGGCAGUAUUGAAAGACAUCUAGAAAAAGCUGCUGAUUGAAUUGGUUAUGGGAAUGGAGUUUGGUGACAUUUGUAAUUUAAUACACUCAUUGCUUUUUAUCGAUUGUGGUAUUGUCUGACUUUACUAUGAUUCCUUCAGCAGAAAAGUAACUCUUGUGCAUAUAUUGAAGUGUUUUUCCAGCUAUGAAUUCUUUAGGGUAGAGAUUUAUUUACCAAAUGUGAAUUCCUUUGAGGAAGUAUGAAGUUUUGUAGAAAUUGACUGUGAAAUGUCAGAGAAAAAUAAAAGUCACUUACUUGAAAACUA